AUGUGGAGAUCUCUACUAGGUUUAGAUAAUGAUGAUUCUGAAUUAAUCAAUCAACCAACAAUAGAUUAUAAUACUAUAUCUUCACCAUCAAAACAACCACAACAACCAAAGCAAAACUCACAGAAGAAUAAGCCAUUAGACAAACCACGUAAUCAAACAUUUGGAACCGUGAUUGAUUAUUCUGAUGUUGAAGAUGGUGAUGAUGAUGACGAAUAUUUGGAUCUAAAUAAUGAUAUUAAAACUAAUACACGACUAAUCAAUCAAUGGAGAACCAACAAUAUCCAACCCACCACAUUUAAUCCCACCAUUAAUCAAAAUGGAUCAAUUAAUCGACAACCUACACUCACAAAUGUUUCUUUACCUGAUCAAUACCCUGGGAAAUUUCCUCACCUAAAGAACGAUAAUGAUGUUAAACAAGACAACUCUGUUAACCUACUAGAAGCAGAUAAGGAAUAUGAAUCUUUAAUUGAUGCAAAAAUUCAAGCAUUACAAAGAGAAAUCGAUAAUAAUGAUAAUGAUAAUCACAACUUCCCUCAAAACGUUGAAACUACUAACGUACUUGAUGAGAUUAAUAAUUUACAAUUGAAAAUUACAUCACAAACUAAAACAUUACAAGAAUUGAAUGAAUUGGUUGAUGUUUAUGAAGAUGAAAUACAAUCAAAUAAUAAUACUACUACUACUACUACUACUACUACUCCUAUUCCUACUACAGGAAAAUUAAUAAUUGAUUAUAAAGAUUAUCAAAAUUUGAAAAAUGAAUAUAUGAAUGAAUUAAAUCGAGUUAAAAAAUUAUAUGAAGCUUAUUAUUUAUUAUUUAAUCGAUAUAUUUCAUUGAAAAGAAGUUAUAAACAACAAAAGGAGCAAAAGGUGGCACUGUCUAAAAAGAAUGAUGAGGAUAAGGUUGAUAAGGUUGAUGAGGUUGAUGAGGUUGAUGAGGUUGAUGAGGAUGAUAAAGAUCCCAAGGAUGGUCGUAAUGGUGAUACUAUAUCCAUCAAAGAGAAAAUCAAUCAAAUAAAGAGUAAAACUAAUGAUUCAUCAAUCAAGACUAUAUGUGAUACCCUUUUAAAAGAUGUUACAAAAUUGGAAAAAAACCGGUACUAA